AUGGAUGAGAUUGCAAACGAGUACGAUGUCAUUGUGCUGGGCACUGGCUUGACCGAAUGCAUCCUGUCUGGUGUGUUGAGCGUCAAGGGCAAAAAGGUUCUCCAUAUCGACCGCAAUGACCACUAUGGCGGUGAAGCCGCGUCGGUGAACCUCGAGACGCUUUUCAAGAAGUAUGGAAACUUUCAGGCCGGCGAGGAGCCGUGGAAGAAGUACGGCCGACUCAACGACUGGAACAUUGAUCUCGUCCCCAAGUUCCUCAUGUCCUCUGGAGAAUUGACCAACGUCCUCGUCUCUACCGAUGUUACCCGAUAUCUCGAGUUCAAGCAGGUUGCCGGCAGCUUCGUUCAGCAAGGUGCUGGCAGCAAGGCCACUGUCGCCAAGGUGCCCUCUGAUGCCGGCGAAGCUCUCAAGUCCCCUCUCAUGGGCAUCUUUGAGAAGCGACGCAUGAAGGCUUUCAUCGAGUGGGUUGGCACCUUCAACCCAAAGGACCCUGCGACUCACAAGGGGCUGGACUUCAAUACAUGCACUAUGAAGGAGGUCUAUGAUAAGUUCGGUCUCGAGGCUGGCACCAAGGACUUCAUAGGCCACGCCAUGGCUCUGUACCUUACCGAUGACUACAUCACAACAAAGGGCCAGGCUCCCGAGGCCAUAGAACGGAUUCGUCUGUAUGGCAACUCUGUUGCCAGGUACGGAAAGUCCCCUUAUAUCUAUCCACUCUACGGUCUCGGCGAACUGCCUCAGGGCUUCGCUCGUCUCUCCGCCAUAUACGGCGGCACUUACAUGCUCAACACCAACGUGGACGAGUUGCUCUACGAUGGCGACAGGGCUUCUGGCAUCAAGGCCACCAUGAAGACGGGUGCUGAGGAUAUGAAGUUCGAGACCAAGGCCAAGAUGAUUCUCGGCGAUCCGUCCUACUUCCCCAGCAAGACCAAGGUUACCGGUCACGUUCUGCGAGCCAUCUGCAUCCUCAAGCACCCCUUGGCCGGAACCAACGACAGCGACUCUGCUCAGCUGAUUAUUCCCCAGUCCCAAGUUGGCCGCAAGAAUGGUAAGACUUUGCUCCCCCACUACAUUGAGUAUGCUGGAAGAAAAGCCACUAAGCAUUGGUCUGCAGACAUCUACAUUGCUUGCGUAUCAUCCGCUCACAAUGUCUGCCCCAAGGGUUAUUGGAUCGCCAUCGUUUCUACCAUAGCCGAGACAUCUGCAAACCACCACCUCGAGUUGCAGCCCGGCCUAGACCGCCUGGGCAAGGUUGAAGAACAGUUCAUGGGCCCGCCGAUCCCCAUCUAUGAACCCCUUGAAGACGGCAAGAAGGACAACCUCUUCAUCUCCAAGAGUUAUGACGCAACCAGCCACUUUGAGACGACUACCGACGACGUCAAGGACAUCUAUCGGCGCUGCGCUGGCGAAGAGCUCAAGGUUGAGGGCCUGAGAGAGGGCAUCACUGUUGCCGAAGAGUAA